AUGCAUGCUUCAGCUCUGAUAUUUGGUAAUGCUCUGGUGAUUGUUCUGAUAUUAAGUUUUUGCACUUCAGUUCAUUCAGAUGAUGUGCAUGCAAGCAUCAAGAACAGAUUAGGCAAUGGGAAAAACAUAACCUUACAUUGCCAAUCAAAAGAUGAUGACCUCGGGGAGCAAAACGUUGGCGAUGGGAGCGAAUUUGGAUGGGAUUUCUCUGUCAAUGUUUGGGGAAGUACGUUGUUUUACUGUGACAUGGGUUGGGAUGAUGUGCCACAAUUCCAUUUUGAUGCAUAUUCCUUUGACAGGGACUUUGCCCGAUGUGACACCCAAUGUUCUUGGUUGGUUGCUGGUGAAGGCAUGUAUGGGUUGAAUGGACAAACCGGAUUCUGGGAAUUUGCUUACCACUGGUCAAGCUAGUUUACUACUUGGAUCAUGUCUCAAAUUAAUGGAGGUUGGUGAAGAUCAAGCAAGAAAAUAGUACAUACUUGUGUGGUAUAUGUAGUUUGACAACUUUUUAAUUUGCCUACGGAAAUCUCUAAGUGUAUCUACAUUUAUAUGUGUAAAGUUGU